UCAUCUCUCGGACAAUAUGUGUUUGUAAACUCAAUCCAUCGAAAUAGCCCCAAAAUUGGUCGUACCUGCCCAGAUGACCCAUGAGCAGAAGCUGAGCACUUUCAUGGAGAGACAUGGGGUGCGUAAGGAGGUGGCCCUUCAGUACCUGAGCUCCAACCAUUGGUCCUUGGAGGUAGCCAGCAGUACCUACGAAUCCGAUGCGGCUACCAAGAAGGAGGAGCACGAAAGGACCUCUGAUCAAACGCAGGCGAGUGAAAGUAACCGGGAUCUGCAGACUCUACUGAGUCAGCAUUCCCGGAAGAGGGAGAACGAUCAAGAUGGCUACCAGGCAGGAACAUCGGACAGCUCCUCCGAUCACGGAAUCCCGGUGGGCAAACGGGUGAACAUCGAAAAUUCUACGCCGGCUAUAACCAACAACGAGAGCGAUCGCAGUCUGAGGGUGUGGGGUCAUGGCGUUCGUCUCGGCAGCGCCCAUCCUAUUUAUCCACCCCCUCGUUCUGCGACCGAAGAUUCGGACACGGAACCCACAGACGACGAGCACACCAUGGUUGUCCUUCAUCUCUGGUCGGAAGGCUUUUCCCUGGACGACGGCUCCUUGAGGCUGUACACCCUGCCCGAAAACGAAAGAUUUCUUCGCGCCAUUUUGAGUGGGGAUUUCCCGGAGGAGAUGCUCCGCGUGCCUAGGGUUCAGUUAAGCGUGCAAGAUCACACAAAUGAAUCCUUCCGCCAUCUGUCCCGGAAACAGUUCAUGGGACCCGGCAGGCCACUAAACAGCCCCCCAUCUCGGAUAAUAGUCGGUGGGCCCAUGCCGAUAGAUCCGCAAUCCUUUCAGCUCAACGAACGAGCCGCCACAACCACCGUUCAGUUGAGAAUGGCGGAUGGAAGUCGCGUGGCAGGACUCUUCAAUCUCACCCACAACGUUGGUGAUCUCUACCGCUAUGCACGACUCGCCAGGCCCGAGUUCUCCAAUCGAAACUUCGUCCUAAUGACAGCCUUUCCGCGACAGGAGCUACUCGAGACGGACACCCGUACUUUGACCCAGGCAAAUCUCUGCAACGUGGUGAUCAUCCAGCACUUGAACGAGGAGCAGGCAGACCCGUCGUCCAGUGAGCCUUCACAGCAGAAUCUAAAAUAAAAGUCCGUAGAGAUGGAUAAGAGAAA